AUGUUGUGGUACAAAUUAAGUUGUAACUUGGUGUCACUUGCAGCUGUCUUGGUGGUUGCAGGCUGCAUAGGAGGGGACCAGCGGAGAGGGGCGGACGGCGCAGUCAGUAGCACAGGUGGCAGUAGUAGUAGUAGUAGUAGUAGUAGUAGUAGUAAUAGCGGAAGCAAUUACAGCAAUAGACGCUUCCACAAGAUUCAACACGGACAGUGCACCUACACGUUCAUUUUACCGGAGACUGAAGGAUCGUGCCGGGAUAUGAGGUCUAGUAGCGGUAGUAGUAGUAGUAGUAGCAGCAGUAGUAGUAGUAGUAGUCCGCAGUACAAUACGAACUCACUCCAGAGAGACGCUCCUCCAGAACCGGAGUUUCCAAAUCAGAAGAUCCAACAACUCGAGCAUAUCAUGGCAAACUAUACCCAGUGGCUCCAAAAGAUUGAAAAUUACAUCAAGGAGAGCAUGAAGACAGAGAUGGUUCAGCUGCAGCAGAGCGCCGUGCACAACCACACAGCGGCCAUGUUGGAAAUGGGCACCAAUCUCCUGUCCCAAACGGCUGAACAGACGCGCAAACUCACCGACGUAGAGACACAGGUCCUUAAUCAGACUUCGAGGCUUGAAAUCCAACUUCUGGAAAACUCUCUGUCCACCAACAAACUGGAGAAGCAGCUGAUGCUCCAGACCAACGAGAUCAGCAAACUCCACGACAAGAACAGUCUGUUGGAGCAGAAGAUGCAGGAGAUGGAGGAGAGACACAGAGAGGAGCUGGACACACUGAAGCAGGAGAAGGGAAGUCUGCAGACCCUGGUGGGGAGGCAGAGCGGGGUCAUCCGGGAGCUAGAGACACAGCUGAGCAAAGCCACUGGGAACAGCAGCGCCCUCCAGAGGCAACAGCAGGAGAUGAUGGACACGGUGCACAAUCUCAUCAACCUCUGCUCCAAGGACGGAGUUGUACCAAACAGCACAAAAACAGUAGAAGAGGAGAAGAAGUUUCGGGACUGUGCAGAUCUGUACCAGAACGGAGUGCGCAAAAAUGGAGUCUACACCAUCCAGCCCACGCCUCAGGAAACCAAGAAGGUCUACUGUAACAUGGAAUCAGCUGGAGGAGGCUGGACGGUCAUUCAACGCAGAGAGAACGGCAGCGUGGACUUUCAGAAGACAUGGAAGGAGUACAAAAUGGGCUUUGGGAGUGUGUCAGGGGAGCACUGGUUGGGGAAUGAGGUUGUGUACCAGCUGACAGCACAGAGACAGUACGCCCUGAGAGUGGAGCUCACAGACUGGGAUGGGCAUCAGGCUUUCUCCCUCUACGACCGCUUCCAGAUCGGCAGUGAGAAGCAGAAUUACAGGCUCUUCCUUAAAAGCCACAGUGGGACCGCAGGCCGACAGAGCAGCCUGGUGAUCCACGGAGCAGACUUCAGCACCAAGGACGUGGACAACGACAACUGCAUGUGCAAGUGUUCGCUCAUGCUAACCGGCGGUUGGUGGUUCGACGCCUGCGGUCCGUCCAAUCUUAACGGAGUGUACUUCCCUCACGGACAGCACAUCGGGAAGCUGAACGGAAUCAAGUGGCACUAUUUUAAAGGCCCCAGUUACUCCCUCAGAGCCACCGCCAUGAUGAUACGCCCCCAAGACUUCUCGUAGAACCCCUCCUCCUCCUCCUCUCCUCAGUUCAUUUUUGUUUUACAGCUCCAAUCAUCUCAUACGUUUGGCACCGGAUGUUUAGAAUUAUUUUUGAAAAGCCAAGCGAACUCUUGCAUCUUUGACUCUGUUGUUUUCGCUCUCUUCUGUAUAACUUGAUGGACACCAGAAGAGGAUUUUAA